AUGAUUUCAAAAGUCCUUCCAGUUCUUGCCCUUGCUGGCGCGGCGAUGGCUGUUUGCCCUCUUUCCGUUGAAAUUGUUGGAACUGCCGAUCAUGUUGCUCAAGUCGCCGUGACAAACAAUGGCACUGAGACUAUCACUGUCUUCAAGGGCAAUACUGUGCUUAGUGAUCAUGCGACCAAAGAUCUAGUGGUGGCUGCCGCAGAUGGAACAACACUCCCGUUCGCUGGUGUUUACAUCAACUACAAGCGAAGUGGACUCGCAGCCGACAGUUUCCAGACUCUGGAGCCCGGUCAGACAGUUACCGCCUCCGUGAACGCAGCCCAGAGCUACAAGCUCGCUGGCGUCACCACGGCUCAAAUAACCGCUGUUCAGGGAUUUCAAUACGCGACAGGAUCUGAAGUACCUACCACGUUGGGGGAUUUGACAUCUUGUGAUGACAUUACCUCAAGUACCGUGACAAUCACCCCUGACCAGAACACGGUUGCCAGCGAGCACAUCUCCAAGCGGGAUACACCUAACUUUUUCUCCCGCAUCAAGAAGCGCUCUGUAACUUACAGUUCAUGCUCCACCUCCCAAACCACCAAGCUCAAGACCAGCGUUUCCGAUGCUAUCUCCAUGUCAUCUGCUGCGUACACCGCAGCUGGCUCUGGCGCAGAUGACUUCACUACUUGGUUCAUCUCAACUUCCGAGGAAACUAAAGUCCGCUCUAUCUACACCGACGUCAAAGGCGUACAGACGACGUCCCCCGAGAUAUCCUGUACCGACACUUACGGCGACUGCUCGGAUGGGUCAGCGUUGCUCUACACAGUCCCAAGUGACAACGUCAUUGUGCCAUGCCCAGACAAUGGAUUCUGGGGCUUCCCGGAGUACGCAACGACUUGCUCAGAUGAUGACUACGACAGGGCCGGCAGUAUCUUGCAUGAGAUGACCCAUCUCUACGGAACUGACGAUUAUGCCUAUGGUCCAACCGCGGCAAAAGCACUCACUGCCGCGAAGGCAGCGGAGAAUGCGGAUACGUAUGAGAUGUAUGCCGGAAGUGUGAGACUCGGUGGAUGUACUUAG